AGAGAGGACCAUUAAUACAAAUGGACCUUUUUAAAGUGUGGGGAGUCUUCUGUUUCAUUGCCUUCUCCACGGCUCAGGACCCCACCAACAGACCAGAUCCUCCACCUUCAUACCUUCUGCUUGCUCCCCGAACCAUCCAAGCUAGAGUCCCAACUUGUUUGUCGGUCAGCAUUCUGGGAAGAGAGCUGGUCACUGUGUUAGCCCAGAUUUUUCAUGGCAAACAGCUCGUAGCUACAAACUCUACUACAGUUAAAGGAGGGUCAACCAGGAUGCUGACUUUGCCAGUCAUUGAUGGUGAAGCUGACAACAAAUACCCAUACGUCCUUGAGGUCAAAGGUUAUGUGGGGAAGUCCUUACUGUUUUCAAACUCCACAAACCUGUCCUUUGACCCCAAAGGCUGCACCACCUUCAUUCAGACAGACAAACUUAACUACCUGCCAGGGCAAGUGGUAAAGAUUAGAGCAGUGUCUAUUCUCUACAAUGGAAAGCCUGCCAACAGCUCCGUGAACAUCACCAUCACUGAUCCGCGUGGGAACUUUAUCAGGCAGUGGCAGAACAAGGAAAGCAACCUGGGGGUUGUUUCCACAGAGUUUGAGUUGUCUGAAAACCCUCCUUUGGGUCAGUGGACGAUCUUAACUGAAGUAAAGGGGGCACAAAGUCAAAAGAAUUUCUUUGUGGCUCAUUAUGUUCUUCCCAGAUUUGACGUUUCAAUAAAAGCUCCUGAUAUCCUCUAUCGAGGAGAUACUUUAAACGGCUGCGUUACAGCAAAAUACUCUUACGGGAAGCCUGUUCAAGGCCAGCUGAACUUGACUUUUAUACAUCAUUUUCCUUUCGCUCAGGAGGUUUACAGUGAAAGCAGAGAGAUUAACGGUAUGGAAAAUUUCACAUUUGGCUUUUCCUACUACCACCCAACGUCUUCACAAAUGUUCUCCACUGAGAAGAUGGAAUACCUUAUGAUUGAAGUUCAAGUUACAGAGGACCUCACAGGUCUGACUUACAGCGACACAAUGAAAGUUUCAUUGAUAGAACAAAAAUACAAAAUUGUAUUUGAAGACUUUCCCAAAACACUGAAACCCUCUCAAAACUUUACUGCAACGUUAAGAUUAUUGACAUAUAAUGACCAACCACUUUCACUGGAGGAUCAAAUGAAGAUGGUGGAAGUGUCAGUGGUCCAGAUGAUGGAAACAUGGUGGAACAUGGGGAUGGAAACUAUGGAAGCAAACUCCACAGACCCUUUAUAUAUGCUUCAAGAGGAGGUGCCACCCAAAGACAUGCAGUUUCCUGUUCCUGCAGAUGGAGUCAUACCUUUACACAUCGAGGUCAUGAAGGGCAUUGAAAUGCUUAUUAUUGAUGUUUCUUUUGAUGACUGUCACAAAACUCUCCAGCUCCGUCGAGGUUAUGUUUCUCCCAGUAACUCCUUCCUACAGAUUCAGAAACCCUCUGAACCAGCACAGGUGGGGACACCCCUCUGGCUAACUAUUAAAAGCAACUUUGACAUGGGCGAUAUUCACUACUUGAUCAAGUCCAGAGGUCAGAUUGUUUCUGCUGGGACAACCUCAGCAAAUCUGACUCUGAUCCCGGAAGGGUCCUGGGCUCCUUCGGCGUGCAUCAUUGUUUACGGCGUGCAACCUGACGGAGAGGUUAUCAAUGAUGGGAUUCAUUUGCCUAUAGCAAAAGUUUUACAAAACAAGGUUUCUCUAAGCUGGAGCAGCUCUCCUAGGAAACCAGCCGAAGACGUCACCCUGAAAGUCUCGGUGGCAGAACCCGGCUCACUGGUCGGGCUGCUGGUGGUUGAUAGAGCCACACAAGGGGCUAACACAGACAAUGACAUCCAUGAGGAGACGGUGCUGCAGGAGAUGCUGAAGUUUGAUGGUUCAAUGAAUCAUGCCAUGCCCAGCAUAACACGAAUUGGAGAUCCUUUGUCUGUUUUUAACACAUGUGAUCUGGAAGUGAUGACAGAUGCCAGUUUGCACAAUGCCAUCUGGCAGUUUUAUGAAACAUACGGGACUGAAGGGAAUGAAGGGAACGAAGGUCCUAUGCAGCAAAACCAGGAGCCCCACGAGCGAAAGUACUUUCCAGAAACCUGGAUAUGGAUGGAUGUUAACACAGGAGAUUCCCACACAGUUAAGUUACCUCUGACUGUGCCUGACAGCAUCACCAGUUGGACAGCCACUGCCUUUGUCAUGUCUGAACAUCUGGGUCUGGGGAUCACAGAGGAACCAGCUACACUUACAGUGUUCCAGGACUUCUUUCUGUCCUUGAAUCUACCGCCGUAUGUCAUCAGAGGAGAGGACUUGGUGCUGGAGAUCAUUUUGUUCAACUACCUCCAACAGGACCAGGAGGUCACAGUCAUUGUUGCAGAAAGUGAGACCUUCGAGUUCAUUUUCCCCGACAUCAUAGACCUCUCCAUGCCCAGUGUUCGUCAGGUUCAUGUGGCGAGUGGGGGCGGCACCAACGUCCUUGUUCCCAUCAGGCCACUGGUUCUGGGAGAAAUUCCCAUCUCUGUGAAAGCCACUUCGUUUGAAUCCUCCGACUUUAUCAGCACAACUGUCCUCGUCAAGGCUGAAGGGCUCGAGCAGACAUUCUCCUCCUCCGUGUUGCUGGAGCUUUCUGCCGGACAGAUGAACCUUUCUAAAAUCGUUGCAUUCACCUUUCCACCAGAUGUUGUUGUGGGGAGUGAGAGAGCUUCAGUCACUGCCAUCGGUGACAUCCUUGGACCAUCCAUCAGCGGCCUGGAUUCGUUGAUUCAGAUGCCAUAUGGCUGCGGCGAGCAGAACAUGAUCCACUUAGCACCAAACAUCUUCAUCCUCCAGUAUCUGACCUUAACUGGGCAGGAUGACCCAGAAAUCACAAAGCGAGCCACAGACUACAUGAUGAGAGGGUAUGAGCAGGAGCUGUCCUUUCAAAGAGCAGAUGGGUCCUUCAGUGCUUUUGGAGACAGUGAUGCAUCUGGAAGUACCUGGCUCUCUGCUUUCGUGCUGAAGUGCUUCCUUCAGGCACAGAAAUUCAUCGUCAUUGACAGCAAUGUGCUCCUCCGUGUGGCGUCCUGGAUCUCAGCCCAGCAGGGGGCUGAUGGCAGGUUUGAAGAACCUGGCAGGGUGAUCCACACUGAGCUUCAGGGAGGGCUUGAUGGGUCCGUUUCCCUCACGGCUUACGUCCUCAUUGCUUUGCUGGAGGCUGAUGCCAUCAGGACUCGGUAUGCAAAUGAGGUGUCUUCAGCCCUGAUGUACCUGGAGACGCGUGUGGCCAUGGGCGGCGUGCCCAGCAACUACAGCCUCAGUCUGGUUACCUAUGCUCUGGCUCUGGCAGGUAGCUCCACAUCAGAGAAUACACUCGCUGAUCUGAUUGAAAAAACUACUAUAAAAGAUGGUUGGCCAAUGUGGUCAUCACCAAAUGCAAGUCUGUCACCAUCCUGGCAGCCUACCUCUGCAGACAUUGAGACAAUGUCCUAUUUGCUACUGUCCCUGCACAAGCUGAACCACAUUCCAGAUGGUUUAGAACUCAUGAAGGCGCUGAGCCAGCAGAGGAAUUCCAUGGGGGGUUACGGAAGUACCCAGGACACAAUUGUGGCUCUGCAAGCCUUGUCUACCUUUGCUGCUGCCGUGGGAUCUUAUCCCUCUGAUCUGAACAUCAAAGUGACCAGCAUCAACUCGGGCAGGGGCACCACCUUCCACAUCAACCAAGAAAACUACCUGGUCCAUCAGAUGCAGCAGAUUGAGCCAGAACAGGAGCUAAACCUUGAGGUGACAGCAGAAGGUCAUGGACUUGCUUUGCUUCAGCUAAAUGUGUUUUACAACAUCAAGAAUGAGAAGCUGAUGAGACAGAGACGAGAUGCGGACAGUCACGAAGCUUUUACUAUGUACAUUGAGCUGUCAGACAUAAACGUGGACUUGGCACAGCUGUCUAUCUGCAGCAGUCUGUCUGCCGGAGUGGGCCUGAACGCCACAGGGAUGGCCAUCAUGGAGGUGGGCCUCCUGAGCGGCUUCCUUCUGCAAGAACCCGGGGUCUCCUUAAAUGACGUUGUAAAAAAGGUGGAGGUGCAGCCUGGAAAAGUCAUCGUGUAUCUGGACUCUGUGACAACAGAGGAGAUGUGUCUGUUGAUUCCUCUGAUGGUGGAGUAUAAAGUUGCUAAAGUCCAAGAAGUAGCUGUUAUCCUCUAUGAUUAUUAUGAACCACGGCGAAGGACUGAAAGGAUGUACACCUCAGAUUGGAGGAACACCAUGUCGACCUGCUCCUUCUGUGGAGACGACUGCAGUCAGUGUCAAGCAAACGACAAUGACAUCACCGUAUUGUCCCAUGGCAGUCGUCUUCUCUCAUUGAUCUGUUUUCCACUUAUUCCAGUCCUGCUGUUUAUCCUUGUUAUUAUGUAAAUGUAAUGAUUAGCACAUUUUAGUUUUUGAUCCAUAUUCCAAUAAGCUAAAAGCUGUUUAUUGUAGUGUUUCUAACAUGAUACAAUAAACAUUUAUAUAGUCGUCUUCUGUGGAACUAAUACCUGCUUUGGAGAAUCAGAACUACCAUUUUGAUUAAGGCGUCUUUUUGUAGCAAUUUGCUAAUUUAAAGUCCUAAACCUGUAAGAAAAGACAAAGUAAUGGCAGCAUGAAUCAUCCAUUCAGCAAUGUUGCUUAGUAUUGCUUGGUAUCUGUUUCUUUAGCCACACGUUAUAAUUUCUUGUACAAAAACAUAAAUGCCUGAUGGAUAACACAGCCCGGUUACAAAUAGACUGAAGCUACUUUUUUGUGUUGAUGGAAGCAAAUGUUGAUGUUCACAAGUGACCCAGACAUAAACUCCAAGUUGAAAAGUAAAUUCCUUACUUUGAAACAGCACACAGCUAAGUGCAUGAACCUGAUAAAUAACUACAUUUCAAACUGCAAAAUUAAAGGGUGUUUAAACUUUGAAGUCUGCUUUAAGGCAGCUACAGUGCUGUGACAUGUGGACUUAUGAAGUAUGCGGGAGCCAAAUCUUUAGCCUCUGGCUUUUUCCAGCUUGAUUCUAGUCGACCUGUUUGUAGAACAGUCCGCACAUGCCACAGGUGAAGCUGAAAUUCUUAAGCAUUUGCAAAACCAUCUGCCAAAAAA